UUGACCGGGAUGCUUAAAGGAGAGCGGCGGCGCUCAGAGCGAACAUCCCGCAGAGACAGCAGCUCGAGCAGACUGCUCUUCGCUCCCUCCACCGUUGCAUCUCAUCGGCUCCGCGUCGACACUCGUGUUUUGAUGGGUUAACCUGCGACGGAGAACCGAGCGAACAUCCGACCGAGACAAUCCGAGCCCGGGACGCCCGACAUGGAAUGACACCUCCGAGGGGAGACACUUCUCUGUCGUGGGGCUCCGCCGGUUCGCAUCCACGGCUCGUCUUUGGCACCUUCCACUGUCUGAUGUCCACCUGUUACUCUGAGCUCCACACCUGCAGACAGACUCACCACGGAGCCGCACACACUCGCAGCUACUACUGAGAUGGCCCGUGCAGAGACCAUGGAGACCGUCGGGGAAACUGGAGGAGCAGCAAACGGACCUCUUCCCGGCCACAACACCUGCCGCAUGGAGCUGCCUCACUCCCUGCAUGCCUGCGUUGGCGCCAUGCACCUCCAUCACAAUCACCACCCUCUGCACACUUUACAGGCCCUCUACGUGUCGUACCCGCUGCCUUACCCCGACCCGCAGGGCCAGGACCAGCCCCAGACUCACCAGCAGUUACCCCCGUUAUCGCCGUCAGCAACGCCGCCUCCUCCAUCAUCACCGCUCUGCAGCCGGAGGGACGAGAGGAGCCGAGGCACCGUUGGACCUAGCGACCUCUCAGGAGAGCAGCCAGACUCGGACAGAGAGGAGCACCUGCAGGCCUCCAGCCGACAGGGACCCCUGCCUGACCUGCUGCCCCAAAACGAGCACCCGUCCUGGGCCUCGCAGCAGCACCGGGCCCCCAGGGGAGAGGCGGUGCAGGAGCUGGAGCUCAGGAGAGUGGCCAACCAGCUGAGGGCGAUCGGAGACGAAUUCAACACCACGAGCCUGCGCAGAGCGCACGUCGCCCCCCACUGGCAGAACUGGAGGGACGCCUGCCGAGGACUGCUCAACUUCAUCACCCAGACCCUCAGCACUCUCUACAGGCUGACGUAGGCCUGGAAGACGCCGGUUAGGACUUCUAUUUUCUUACUUCCUGGACUCGACUGGCUGCUGCGCUUGUUCGUUUGACACUGGAGGGGAAAAUUUGCUCAAACGAAGGACUUUGGGAGGACGUUCGCAGCCGGAAACCGGACUGCAGCUCGUCCCUCAGUCAGUCUGCUGGUACAGACUGCAGCUGAUGGACCGUCAGUCGCCUGUACAUUCUGUAAAGUUGUUUCCAUCUCGGGGGUUCGGCUUGUCAUGUAGCAGGCGGUGUGUUUGCAUGGACCUGGGUCAGACUGAAAUCGAUCCAACAAGAGGGUCUUAACCACUUGGAGAACAGAAAUAAGACAGUUCAGCCAACGUUUUGGUCCAAAUUUGAUGGUUUCGACCCUCGUCUGGACGUGCGCCGUCACGUCUUUACCCCCAUCGUUGUCGCAAAACUGUGAAACUGGACGCCGUGGUUGCAUCGCAGGGAAACGCCGGGUGUUAUUCCACUACGGAGCAAAAACCUCUCUCCCCUACUGCUUAAUUUCAUCGUACAACGUGCCUUUCUGCUUGGCUUCAAUCUCCAAAACCAGGACAAUCAGCCUCUUUAAAGUGCUUUUUGUUUUGCUGCCGCUUUCACUCAAACAGUUUGAGGCCGUUUCAGAACAGGAACAGCUUCUAAUCCUCAGCCAAACAUUCAUCCGGGUCCUGCUGAGUCGAUAGUGUUCCUAGUUAAUCGACUGUAAAUAUCGUUUUCUGGAAGAUGAUUCUCUUUCACCGAAGCGUCUGGGAGGAGUUUGUGUAUUUCUGAGCGGCCGUCGGCAACAGUAGUCUGAAUUUAAAUCCAGUGGAUUUGAGAAGGUAUUUCCGUGAGUUGAAUGAAAAAAAAAGAAAAAAGAUUUGGAUCCUUUUGAUUGUCGGAAAAAGUAUUUGAUGAUGUUUGUAAAAAUGAUGCCCUUCGGUUGUUGCGAUUCUUUUCAUCGUAGUUUAAAAUUGCUCGUAUGAAGGGCGUAAUUUAUUUGGGACAGUAGCCUAUCUGUAGCUUUGUUUGUUUUUUCAUUUUUUAUAUGUAAAUGUAUUUAUUUGUUCUUACAUUCCUGAUCAGAAUUAUGAUUUACGUCGUUAUUUGAGUUGUAAACUGUUCGAAGACACUGAAAAGCGGAAUUUGGGAGAUUUGCUAACGUAAAAACGGACUACUUUCAAACGGUACGAUUUUUUUUAGAAGCUAUUCAAGUGUUUGCCGCCUUUUUUGGCCAUAAAGCAGCAAACCGUUAAUGAUUUAAGUGUUACAGAAGCAGAAAGUGAAAGCGAUGUGUUGCCGUUUGACAUGUUUAUCGAAUGAGAAGGAAAAUUAUCCCUUUUUUUAAAGCACAAAGAAACUAAAACCAGGUGUCCAUAAGUGUUCAUUGACAGCUUAAAAUGACUGAACUGAAAUUUUUCUUUAAUUGUAAAUUUAAUUCUAAAGCUUUUUGGUUCCGCUGGUGCUAAAAUUGAGAUUUAUGUACUGUAACGUACUUUGGCUUGAUGGACUUUUUCAGCUUUUAUUUCAGGAAAUCUUUCAGGUUUUUGUUUUUUUGCCGUUUACAUGAUCUCACUCAGCCUCAGCAACGCUGUUUUUGGUUCUUUUUUUCAGCCCAGGGCCUUGUUUUUGGAUGUAUAAAGUCAUAACGAAGCUGAACAAACAGCGCUAGCAUGGCAGACUCGUGUGUUCGUAGUAUCUAGCAGAGCUUUUAGCCUCAGCGCUGGCGGUCGGUUGCUUCUCCUCGUCGGAGGUCCUGGUUCAGCGCUCGCCUCGGUGUCAGUCACAUGCAGUGUAUAUUUUGGCCGUUUUUCAACUUUUUUCUAUUGUAAAAUUUCUACAAGAAUUUUGUACUUUUUUCUUUUUUUAUACAAUAAAGAUAAGGAUGAAUAUA